CAUGUUUAUUGCGAAAGAACAUUCCAAUAUCUUCCGAUAAGCUUCACAUGCUUGUGUGGCCUGGUGAGUUCCAUCAAGCCACAUGACAUUGUUUGGGGGAGAGCAACCCAUGUGACCCACGCAUCCAAUUUCAACGCUCUUCUCCCAAUUAUAACACUGAAGCUUCUGCCUCCUCUUAACAUUUAGGUCUCAAAGGUCAUAAUUUUACUCUUCUUUAGAUAAACAUAAAAGAGAGGAACAAAAGAGAAUCUCCUUUGUGGUAUCUGCAGCCGUAGCCAUAUUUUCAUGCAAUGGAGGAUGCAGUUUCUGUCUGCAUUCAAUGUAGUGCCCCUCCUUAAUUUCAUAGUAAUUGGAAUUUCUACAUAAGUUGAUGGUUCCAUGAUCUGGAAUAGCUGGUCCUAAAGCUAGGGAGUAGGUGUUCCAUGUCACCUAGCCAUUUCUCGUCCUGAGAUGAGUGCAGGCCGUUUCUUGAGCUUAUAAGAUUGAAGGAGAGGCUUCUCUAAGCAAAUGCAGAAGCAGAGUGGCUGCAGUUAAGGAAUUACUGAUUCCUAUUUCUGCAGUGGAGUAGAAAGGAGGAGCUUGUUAGAAGCCCAAGAUGCCUGCAAAGUUGAACAAGAAUUUUUCUAAUGAAAACCCAGAUUUGGGGAGGCAAAUUGGUUGUGUGACUGGGAUCUUUCAGCUGUUCGACGGCCGCCGUUUCCUCUCAGGGAGGCACUUAAACUGCCUCAAGCAUAAGAAUCCUCCUUCAGGAAAAGAUGCUCUUCUGAACAGUGGAAGGAAUGAGUCAGAGCCAAGACCAUGUUCUUCAGAGAUUCUUCAGGAGAAAAAUCUAACCAACUACUUGUAUGAAAAUGGAAAGGCUUCGACAGAAUCGUCCAGAGCUUCAUGCUCCUCUUCUUCCAGCUCUUCCUUCUCUUCUCUAGAAUUUAACAAAUCUUCUCAAAAAGAUGCGCGCUCAUUCGACAGAGCAUUCUUUUCAGAUAUGUCCCGGAUGAACUCAUCGAUCUUCAUGCAACUUGAUGGUGAAUUUAAGUCCACAAACAGUCCACCAGUGGCUAGAAAGCUGAACAACCAUGCUUACAAACAUGAAGACUCUCCUAGGCCUUCACUGCCAGGAAAUCUCGACGAAGCAAUUAGAAUUGUGAUUGAACUCAAGAAAGCACCUUGGCGGUUUACCGACCUUGAGUCUAAGGAUGCCUCAUUUACCCAGGAGUUGCAGAGAACUCCGAGGUUCUCAUUGGAUGGGAGGGAGAACUCCAAGUCUUGUAACCAAGUCAGAGAGCUUCCAAGACUGUCACUGGAUAGCAGGCAAGGUCCUCAUCAAAAGAGCAUUUCUACCUUUGCUUCCAGAACAAGUUUACCUUUUGAGGACCUGGACAGAGCAAGCAGUAGAUCCUACAUGAAUAGAGCUUCCAAUCUGCUUCAGGAUCUUAGCAGCAAAAGGAGGCACCCUAGUGUCGUCGAAAAGCUCAUGGGCUUAGAAGACAUGGCUGAAUUAAGCUCGCCAGCUCAAACCGCAGUUACCCGACAAAAUCUUGUUACAAAAAAUGCUCAAAUUUCUCAAUCCGUUCAAAGAAGAGAUUCAAUCUUGACAAAGACAGCGCAAGGCAAUCGUCAAAGUGAGAGAUCACCGAAGGCGAGCAAACCGCUGACAAAAGCAAGUGAUACUCAUGAAUCCUUUCGGCCUCCGGUUGUAAUCAUGAAACCUGUGAAGACUAUCGACAUAGCAAACGCCUCAACUCACUCCAUGAUGCAACUGGAAGGCCUAUCAACUCUUCCUAAGGUGCAUAUACGGAGUAUCGGAAGGGAAAAAAGUCAUGCUGGCAUCACAACUGACAGAAGGUCUACUGCAAGCAAUAAUUCACCCAGAUGUCAAUCAAACUCAACUCUGAGGCUGGGAGAAAACGUUGCAGUUUCACCGAGAGCUUCAGGCACUAGAAGCCCCAGACCAGACGAAGCAGAGAAGAACAAGAAGAGGAGAGCCCAAGCAGAGAAGGUUACAAAGUGUCGCCUCGGUGACACAUCGCCAGCUUCAAACACAAGUGGUGGGUUGCCAUUACACUCGACUGCUCCACGGCAAAGGAGGAGGAAGCCAAGUGAGAAGAAAUUGCUGGAAGAAGUGUGCUCUGAGAUCGAGGAUUGCGUAGAACUCAUAUACAAGGAAAACAUUCUUCAUCCAUCUGAAGGAUGGGAAAAUUUUGGCUCUGAGAAAACGAAGGUGGCCAUGCAGAUCGAAAGUUUGCUGCUUCAGGAUUUGAUCGAUGAAGUUGUAGGUGAAGCUGGUGCGCAGGCCAAGACAAGCAAAUUUGCUUAGAUAGACAUUUGGGUCGUGCUUGGAUCAAUUAUUUCAACUUGCUUGUUAAUUCUUGACCUACAAAUAAGGCCUAGUCGAUUGUGUUGUGUGUGUGUGUUUUUUCUUGUUUACAAUUACAUAUCACAUAUGUUUCAUUCUUCAUGAGAUUCAAAAGGAAGAACGAUAUUUUAUGAAA